CCAAACACAAACAUUGUAACAUAGAGAGAGGGGAGAGAGAGAGAGAGAAACUUGGUGAAGAUGAUCGAAAAGAGGAACUUCCUCUGAGAUCAUCUUGAAAAAGGCAGCAUUUACAAGAAAAGAAUCUUGUGCUUUAAUUCUUUGAUUAUCAUUUUAUUAAUUAAUUAAUACGAUUUAUCUAUUAAUUCCUUGUAAUUUUUGCUGCCUUUUUUCUCUUUCUUUCAUUCAAGCUCUCAAAUCAAUCCCCCCCUCCACAUUCUUGAUUUCUUCAAUUUCAAUCCAACAAAGGACUUCCUUUUCUUGCACCCUUUUCUCCCUUUUGCAUGCUCAAACCAUAGUGUUGGGAAUCCUCUGAGAAGAAGAUACUGAGCUUGGUUAUGUAUUUGUUGAGGGAAGGGUUGUAAGGAAGGAUUCAUAGAAGGAUGAGAGACCCUGAUGUUAUCUUUGUACCAACUGCUGCAUUUAUUUUUGCUUUCCUUUGUAACAUACAAGUUUUGCUUAGUUGAUUAGUUACCUUCAUCUCAAAAGGCUUAAGGGUUUCUAUUUACAGUUAAACCUUGCCAAAUUUUGUACAAUGAUUUGACAUAUCAUAUAGCUUCUAGCUUAUAAAGAGAGAUACAAAUCUGCGCCUCUACCAAAGCGACCACUGCCUUCCUACUGCAAUGGAAUGCAUAUGGGAUCGGUUUGGAUUAUGGCUCAGAAUUUAUAUUGGAUUGAUUUGUAUCUGGGGAAUUCGACUGUGCUGGUCUCUGAAUGAUGAAGGAAUUGCUUUGUGGGAAUUUCGGGUAAGAAUAAUUUCUGAUCCGUAUGGUGCUCUACUAAAUUGGAAUCCAAAUGAUUCCAACCCUUGCAAGUGGAUGGGAGUUCAUUGUGUUGAUGGUAAAGUGCAAAUCCUGGACCUAAAUGGCCAAUCAUUGGAAGGGACAUUGACUCCUCAUCUUGGGAAACUUAAUCACUUAAAAUCUCUUGUGUUAUGCAAGAACAAUUUUUCUGGCACCAUUCCCAAGGAACUUGGAGAUCUAGACAAUUUGAAGUUGUUGGAUUUAAGGGAGAAUAAUUUGACAGGAAAUAUCCCUGCGGAAAUUGGCAGGAUGUUGUUGUUAAAGCAAUUGUUGGUUCAUGACAAUAAAAUUGAAGGUGGCGGUUCUCAAGAGCUCGGGAACAUGGAAUUGCCUUCCAAAUCACUAUUUAGUGACAACUAUUCGUCACCUCUGACAAGUUUAUUUCAGUGCAAAAAUAGAAAGUUUGCACAUUGCAUCUGGUAUAGAGAUCUCAAGCAAUGGAACGAGGAAAAAUCUUUGGCUGUUCCAAUUAAAGGAGCACUUAAAAGAUAUCUUAAGGCCAUGGUGCUGCAACUGUUCAAGCUUGGAAAGGCCGCUUCUCAUGGCUAUGAGGAGAAUUACUGGGGCAAUCUUCCUAGUUCUGACGAGUCGGAGUUUGGUCCAGAUGUAUCAAAUCUAAUCAGUUCUGCACGUCGUAAGUUGCUUGAUCAGUCCAAUAACCUUGCAGCUGCACCUUAUAGCGGUGGACCUACUAUACAGAUCAGUGUUAUUCCAAUUUCAAUAAGUAGUGGAUCUUUCCCGGCUGUGCCAGAUGCCAAUAAGAAACAAAAUCAAUCUUCUGCACCACUGCAUUCAGCUACCGGUUUUCCACAUGAUAAUCAAACAAGUCAGCCAAAUUCAGCUAAUGGUGCUCCAAGUAAACUCUGGAAAUAUAUUAUUAUUUUCUUCGGUGUGGUUUUCUUGGCCAUUUUUACCGUGAUCAUGUUUUGCAUUUUGCGAAAACGAGCUGCAAAAGUAAUAAAGCCAUGGAAGACAGGAAUAAGUGGACAGUUGCAGAAAGCAUUUGUAACAGGGGUCCCCAAGUUAAAUCGAGCAGAGUUGGAGACAGCCUGUGAAGAUUUCAGCAAUAUCAUUAACAGUUUUGAAAAAUGCACCAUAUAUAAAGGAACACUGUCCAGUGGAGUUGAGAUUGCUGUUGAUUCUACUGUUGUUACUUCUUCCGAAGAUUGGUCAAAGAACAUGGAGAUGGCCUAUAGGAGAAAGAUUGCUUCUCUGUCCCGUGUUAACCAUAAGAACUUUACCAAUCUUAUUGGUUACUGUGACGAAGAAGAACCAUUCACAAGGAUGAUGGUGUUGGAGUAUGCUCCAAAUGGAAGCUUAUUCGAGCAUCUACAUGUUAAGGAAAUUGAACAUCUUGAUUGGAUGGCAAGGAUGAGGGUUAUCAUGGGAACAGCUUAUUGUCUUCAGUACAUGCACCAUGAUCUGAAUCCACCAGUCUCUCAUUCCAACCUUAAUUCAGUUGCAAUAUUAUUAACAGAUGACUUUGCUGCUAAGGUAUCAGAGAUCAGUUUUGGCAGUAACGGAUUAUCACCAGCCAGCACAGUUGGCGAUGAAUCAAAGAAAUCUGAGUUGCCACCCCACCAAGGUCCUGAAACCGAUGUUUAUAACUUUGGAAUAUUAUUGCUUGAAAUCAUUUCUGGAAAACUACCGUACUCUGAAGAACAAGGUCUCCUUGUGAACUGGGCUGCUGAGCACUUGAAUGAUAAGCGAAACAUUGGCUGUUUGAUCGAUCCUACGCUCGAGUCCUUCAAAGACAACGAACUUGAUGUAAUAUGUGAGGUGAUAAAAGAAUGUGUUCAAUCUGAUCAGAGGUUAAGGCCAACAAUGAAAGAAGUAACUCACAAAUUGAGGGAAGUGCUUUCUAUAUCACCUGAUCAAGCAGUACCAAGACUUUCUCCACUCUGGUGGGCUGAACUCGAGAUCUUGUCGGUGGAGGCCACUUAGGCUCUCUUACUUUUGUUUGUAAGUCAAAGCCUCUCUCUAACAUGUGCCAGGUUGACAAAAUAUAUAGCUUUGUGAUGAUACUAUAUGAUAUUUGCAACUCAAAUUCUUUUCUUCUUUAAUUCCAUUUGUUCUUUUGUAAGUCCAUAUGAUUAAUAUCAUAGUUAUUCUUGUGUUCCAAUGGAAGUGUGUUAUGUUAUUUUGUUGCAAGUGGGGUGUUGUAAAUUUGUACUUUUGUUGAUGAACCUUGGAAUGUAAAACAGAUCUUGAUGUAUUAUAUAUUGAUAUGCUAUCUUGGUCCCAAUGAAGCAUGGAACUUCUUCUAUA